AUGGCCCCUUCUCCGGCUCCUCACGACCGCCCGGGUUACGCUGAGCUGACGCCGGCUACUUCGAGUGCCAGCGCAGCGCCCACACUUUCCCAUGCUGCGUCUUCGCCAUCGGUGCCUCGUAUAUCCGCACACUCGGCCACAACGAAUGCCCACGCUCCCACCAGACGAACAGCCAGUGGCAGUCCCACCACUUCGGCUCAACCACCCAAAUCCUCACCACCCAGCGCGACUCGACAUGCAUCGGGCUCAACUGCUCCCCGGAUCAUUGUGAAGAAGGAACCAGGUUCUCCCGAACUGCCCGCUCCUCGCCACAGACCCCGAAAGCUGGAUCUCUCCAAGAACGCCAUCACCGGAUCAGGUGCCCAGACUGCCAGACUGCCGGGCGGUAGGGACGGACUUGGUAUCCAGGAAGUUGGUUUGGCUUGUUUGUCUCCCGGCUUCGUGACGCACGAUCCUGCCAUGAAGGAGCAACUACAACGCAGCAUGAACGUCAGGGAGCAGCAGCGCCACCUCAUCGAGGCCAGGCUCCAGCAGCAGUCGGCCAAGGGAGACGGCCCCGAUCACCCCAAGGACAAGGACAAUGCCAGCCAGUUCGCAGCCAAGACACCCGGCAUCUCCUCGAGACGCAACAAGGCGCCCCCGGGACUCAGCAUUGUAGCACCAUCCCACGAGCAGUUUGCCAAUGAGCGUGUUAUCCAGUCUGCACCUCUGGGGCAAACCUUCACCGGGAGGCACAACCCUCACCCGCUGACGAGGCACCUCCAGAACCAGCCUUCAAAUUUAUCAAGCACGUCACACAUUCACCACGUCCCCGCGCAACAGACAGCAAACCGCCUUCCGCCCAUCGCCGACGUCUUUGGUCAGGGUCUUUCUGCCCACACUGAGUCCAACGGCGCGACUCGCUCUCUAUACCCCGGCUCGAGCCAUGGACCUAUACCUUCGCCCGGCCACCCUGCACCACAGCAUUCCCAGCCACCCGUAUCCGGCAGGUCGCGGGAGUACAAAUCGGCAGAAGAGGUUCAGCAAGAGCUAGCCGGUGGAAGACCCGAACUUCUGCCCAAGAUUGUCCACUACACCGGCCACCAGCCCCCGACUCCACCAUCCCCUCGCAACGGAGCCCCUGUUCCGGACUAUAGCCGUAGCACAAGCAAGCGAAGAACCCGCGCAGAGUACGAGGAGGGCGGGAGCCCCCCUCUGGGUAACGGUCCUGCUGCAACUCGACGUGCGGGCCCCUUCGGUGCCGGACGUGACAGCCCGGAAUCACAGAGAGCCAAGCGCGAAGAGUUCCUUCGUCUGUGCGAACGAGCCUGGGAUCUGUUCCACUCGUGA